AUGGCAGGGCAAGAAAACGCAUCGGUGCCAUUCAGCGAUCCGUUAUGGCACAAGGACAAGUUCCACCCUUACUACAAGGACAGUCAUCAGAGGCUUCAAGUUUGGAUGCGAAACUACAUCGAUACAUACAUAGAGCCUCACGCGUAUGAGUGGGAGACGCAGGGUUACGUUCCUGAUGAAGCAUUCCAACGACAUGCAAAACUCGGGGUUCUCGCGGCAUCAUGUUACCCUUUGCCGAAACAACAUCUAGACGGCGUCACGUUGCCAGCCGGUAUUGGUCUUUCCGAGUGGGAUAUCUUCCACUACGCCAUUGUUAUUGACGAGAUCGCACGGUGUGGUUACCUGGGUGUCGUCUGGGGAAUCAAUGGAGGAGCCACGGUGGGUAACACGCCACUGUCGACCAAGUGCACGGAGCAUCAAAAGAGGAAAUGGUUGGCGCCUCUGCUGCGAGGCGAGCAGCGUCAUGCGCUAGCUGUGACUGAGCCAGCUGCCGGAUCGGACGUGGGAGGCCUACAGACAACCGCCGUCAAGUCCGAAGACGCAAAGUACUGGAUUGUGAACGGCAACAAGAAAUGGGUCACCCAGGGCCAAUUCGCCGACUGGGCCCUCGUGGCGGCACGGACGGGCGGAGCAGGGAACAAGGGCAUCUCUACGAUGAUGGUCGAUCUCCGCUCCGAAGGCAUCACUCGCAGAAAAAUGGAAAACUCGGGCGUUCGAUCCAGCGGAUCCGCCUUCGUCGAAUUCGACGACGUGAAAGUCCCGGUGGAGAACCUCAUAGGCCAAGAGAAUGAAGGGUUCAAGGUCAUCAUGUCCACUUUCAACCACGAAAGAUUGUGGGUCGGCAUCAUCGCCAAUCGGCUGGGCCGAGUUGCUCUGUGCGACUCGUACAACCAUGCUCUGCGACGCCGAACAUUCGGCCGUCCCAUCAUGGAGAAUCAAGUGAUCCGGGCAAAGUUCACCAAGAUGGCUGGGCUGUUGGAGGCGACGUCGGCAUUGACCGAAGCCGUCAUCCAUAUGUCGGAGCAAGCUCCCUUGGACGCCCUGAGCACCUACUCUGCCCUGGUGAAAUACAGGGCCGCCCAUGACCUGGAAAAGAUCUCCCGGGAGGCGCAGCAGGUCUUUGGAGGUCUCGCUUAUUCGCGGGGCGGCCUGGGUGCGCGCGUCGAGCAGAUCAGUCGCGACGUCCGAGUCCUAGUGGUCAGUGGUGGGAGCGAGGAGAUUCUGAUGGACCUGGUGGCCAAGCGAUCCCGAGGCAGCAGCAAGAUUUGA